UGAUCAUCGUAGAUGGCAAAUAAUGAACAUUGUUGAUCAUCGUAAACGAUCGAUACAAAUACGUUUGAUUGAAAUGGCUGAUAUUUAUAAUGAAUAUUUUCAAAUGAAAAUUAUACAAAUUUUCAAUGCAAAUUUUUCUUUAUUAUUGCACAUGUUUUGUUUCAUACUUACAUUUUGUAUAUUGAUUAUACAAACCACAAAUUCAUGAUUCAACAGACAAAGAAAAUUCAAUGAAAUUAUCGAAUUUUUGUGUUUCAUUAAUAAUAAUUUCAUUAAGCUUAUAAAUAACCAAACAAAAUGGAUUUAUUUGACUUCAAAAUUUAAUAAACCUGACUGGUUUCUGGCCCCUUUCUUUUUCGGUGUUUUCGUCGUUGUUUGUUGGUUAAUUUGUUUCAUCAAUCCGAAUAAUAAGUGAUUUUUUUUUCAAAAAAAGGUGGUAUUGACAGCGAGAAAAAAAAAUAAUGACAACCAGUGUUAAAAUAGCCGUUUAUCAUUUAUUUCUAAUGGCAAGCCUUUUAAUGACAACAAUUGAUUCAAUCGUUUUGAUUAUUACCGUUUGGAAUCAUGGUAGUGGUCUACCAGAUCGAUCAUCAUCAUCAUCAUCAUCAUCGCCGUUAUCAUUGAAUUCAACGUUAUUAAUAUCAUCAUCAUCAUCAUUAUUAUUCCAUGAAGAAUCGAUACGUUCAUUCGUAUAUUGUUUGAUUGCAGCUGUUCGUCUAUCAUUUGCAUUAUUCAUGUUAAUAUAUAGCUAUAGUUAUGGUAUUCGAUAUCAGGACCGUUUCCAUUUAUUCAUACAUUCAAAAUAUUUUCUAUUGAUCUGUAUAUUUCUAUUUAUAUCCGGUUCAAUUAUUACUUAUCAACAAUUUGUUUGGUCAUUAGUUAUACAGAUUAUUCAUCUUUAUAUUUCAUUAAUAUAUACAUUCAAAGCAUUUCUUUAUCAUUAUGAUGAUAGCAUUGAUUGCCAUAUGGAUUUUGGCCGUCGACCAGCCGAAUUAGAAGAAAAAGAGAAUGCUCCUAAUAGUGGUAGUAGAUCAUUGGAUAAAGCUGCAAAACGUUCUAGAUAUGGAAAAGUAUUAUAUUUUGUAAAUAAAAAUCUAUUGGCUAUUUCUACAUUAAUGAUGAUUAUAUUAUCAAUAUUCAUUGCUAUAUUAUUACGUAAUACAUUGAUACCUGGAAAACCAUGGACACAACGUCGAUUAUUACGUUUAUCAUUUGUUGGUGAAAUAUUUAUACGUGUAUUACUCAGUUUAAUUGUACCAUUGAUUGGUACAUCGAUUGCAUAUGCAUGUACUGGAUUUGAUCCUGAAUCAUCUGGUCGUAUUAUGUCGGAAGUUAUUGUUUAUUAUCUGACUACAACCGGUUUUGCAGCUAUUGAAGGUUUAAUUAUGGUCACAGCAUUAAAACCUGGUUAUCAUACAAGCAAAAAAGUAAUUAAAACUGAUAAUAAAGAUCUACAGCAACAACAACAACAACAAGAUAAUUCAACAAAAACAUUAUUGACCGUUACAAUCGAAGAUACAAUAUUGGAUAUUUGUCGUAAUAUUUUCACCGAUAGUCUUUUUGGUUCAUGGAUCGAUACAUAUCAUACGAAAUUAAUACCACCAGAUGAUAGUCCAAAUGAUCCAAAUAUAGAGAAUUGGCGAAUCGAAUCUACACAAGAACGUGGUGCAAACGUAAUGUCCGUUGUUGUUGUUGGCCUAUUGAUUGGAUUGUCUGUAAAUAUGAUACGUACACGUGGUGGCCGAUUGAUUGCCGAAAUAAUUGAAACAACCAAUACAAUUAUGAUGAUGAUUACAUUGGCCGUUGUACAGACAGCACCGGUUUGUACGGUUUUUCUAAUCAUACCACAAAUAUUGAUCGUUGAUGAUAUUGGUGAAAUGUUUCGUUUGGUUGGUUGGUUUACAUUAACCGUAUUAUUAUCAUUAGCAGUACAUUGUCUAGUGAUAUUAUCAUUAAUCUAUUUAUUAUUGGUACGACAUAAUCCAUAUAAAUUUCUGACCAAUAUGUUUCCAGCUAUAUCUACAGCAUUCGCUACUAGUUCCAGUUCAGCCACAAUGUCGGUCACAAUGCAAUGUUUAGAACAGAAUGCAGGUAUUGAACCAUCAAUUGUAAGAUUUGUCAUUCCAUUUGGAUCCACAGUUAAUAUGGAUGGUGCUGCAUUAUAUGAAUCGGUUGCUGCUAUAUUUGUUGCACAGUAUCGAAGAAAAUCAUUGAAUUUUGGUCAAUUAGUAACUAUUGCAAUGACAUCCAUAUUGGUCAGUAUUGGUGCAGCUGGUAUACCACAAGCCGGUAUGAUUACAACUGUGGUUGUAUUAAAUUCAAUCGGUUUAUCAUUAGAAGAUGCAGCAUUAGUAAUGGUCGUUGAUUUUAUGUUAGAUCGUUUUCGUACCGUUGUCAAUGUAUUAGGUGAUGCAUUCGGUGCAGCUGUUGUUGGUAAUCGAUUAAAACAUAUGUUUAAAAAUACAACAAAUACGAAUAUUAAUAAAAAUGCUGGUCGAUCACCGGCAAUUACAUCACCAUCACAAACAACAACGACAACAACAACCGAUGAUAAGGAUUUUAAUCAAAUAAAAUUACGACAAAUUGAAUCAAUAAAAGAUGAUGAUCUAACAUCAUUAUCAUCAUCAUCAUCGAUGACAACAAUGGCAACAUUAUCAACACCAAAAACAAUGUCAUUUGAUACAAAAUCAUCGACAUCAUCAUCAAUGGAAAAACAGAACAAAUAUCAAUUAAAUAAAACGGCUGUGUGAAUAAAUCAUAUCGUUUUUAUUGAUAAUCACAACAACAACAACAACAACAACAUCUUUGCCGAUGAAAUGAAAUGAAUGUUUU